AUGGCAUCCAACAAGUGGUCCCAACGGAACAAAACAAUUGAUGACUUCGUGGCAAUUGGAGGUUUCCUAGUGGUAAUAUCCGUUUCUUGCUUGGUUAUCCAUGUAUGGAUCAAAACACAGCAACAGAGAGAACAAGCAAUAUUAAAGUUACGACAAAUGUCUUCAGCAAUACAAAGUGUGAUAAACCUAUGGAGCAUGGAAGGUGGCAACUUGGGAUUUUCACAGUACGAUUACUCUCAUAUAAAAGAAGCUACAAAUAACUUUUCAGUUGAUAAUAAACUGGGAGAAGGUGGCUUCGGUCCUGUAUACAAGGGCAAAUUGAGAAGUGGAAUUAAAAUAGCAGUCAAGAAACUAGAAGCGUGUUCUUUACAAGGAUUAUUGGAAUUCCAAAAUGAAAUUCAGCUUAUAGCAAAGCUUCAACACAAAAAUCUCGUUAAGCUGCUGGGUUGCUGCACUAGAGGAGAUCAAGAAAAGUUGCUUAUAUAUGAAUACAUGGAAAAUAAAAGUCUAGAUUACUUCAUAUUUGAUAACGUGAAGGGGCAACACCUAAACUGGUCAAAACGUCUGCACAUAAUUAAUGGGAUAGCUCAAGGGCUUCUUUACCUUCACAAUUAUUCACGGUUAUGUGUUGUUCAUAGGGAUUUGAAAGCAAGUAACAUUCUCUUGGAUAGUGAAAUGAAUCCAAAAAUAUCAGAUUUUGGGAUGGCCAGAAUAUUCUGUUCAAAUGAGAAAGAAUCAAAUACUACCAGAAUAGUGGGCACACAUGGCUACAUACCUCCUGAAUAUGCUUUUCAUGGGGUUUGCUCCAUCAAAUCAGAUGUUUUUAGCUACGGGGUAUUGACAUUGGAAAUAGUAAGCUCAAAGAGGACGGCCCAAUUCUAUGAGUACAAUGGAAAGCUAUAUAAUCUCAUCUCAUAUGCUUGGCAACUUUGGACGGACGAAAAAUUAGGUGAGCUGAUUUAUUCUCCUCCAGGCAAUGUACGUAAAGAGAUAGAAAGGCACAUUCAUGUGGCACUCUUAUGUGUUCAAGAAAGCGCAGAGCAUCGACCUGAUAUGGAGCGAGUUGUCACAAUGCUAAACAAUAAGGAUGUGAGCUUACCCAAGCCUAUGCAGCCAGCUUACUUCAAUGUAAAUCCUAGUGAGGAAGAAGUUUCAUCACGGAGCGUUACUAUGACUAUGAGUAUCACGCUAGAAAGGUAG